AUGUAUAUUUGACUAACCUUACUUUUUUUGCCUUCCCUUACGCGAGUUCUAGGCGACUCAAUUCCUAUUUUACAACCUGGUCACAGUCUUUCUAUUGCACAAUCCACAGAAUGAAACAGUUUCCAGCUUGUUUUGAAUUCCCCAUCCAAACAAUAUAUUCGAGUUUCAGUCCAAGUUCUUCAAAAGCCUGAUAAAUCUCAGCCAGUCUUAACUUUGGGCCAAGAAGACCCUUCUUUUUCCUCAGACGGGUCAUCAGUGACUGCCCAAAUGGUGGAUUAUGACGGAUGAUUUUCCCAAUGUGGCUAUCAUUCCUUAAUAUUCCAAAGUUCCUCAAUAUCAAGUUAUCCCAAAACGUAUAUAGCAUUCGGAAAUUUCAAUUAUUUAAAUGGACAAAUUACAUAUGUUGUCUCCGUAGAUGAAGAUGAUGGUAUUAUUUGUCCUCAAGAUUGCAAUUCCAGAGGUGUUUGUGUAUCACUUGGGGUAUGUGAUUGCAAGAAUGGCUACAUUGGAGUUGGCUGUGAAAGUGAAGCUAUAGAAAUUACUCAAAAUAAUUUGUAUUCCUUAAAUGCUCCUUGCCAAGGUGUGAAUUAUGCUUAUAUUAACCGUCAGAAGGUAUCAAAUGAUGCAUUAAAAUUUAAUUUUGGCUGAACUAAGCCUUAUGUUUUAUAUAUAAUAUUUUUUUAAAAAUAAAAAAAUUAUUGAUUUUUUAGGUGAAAAUUCAUGUAAUAAGUUAUAAAUCUUCAAGCAGGAUAUUUUUUGACUAUAAGGGAAGAGGCAUUGCAGAAUUGCCAUCGCCUAGAAGCUUUUUUUAUCAGAUUUUACUUCCAGCUUAUGACUAUAAAUUAAAAGUUGAUUUUGAUGUAAAAAAGAUGUCAGAUCUGAUUUAUAUAGCACUUUAUAAUGAUCUGAAUUGUACAAGUGAGAAUUUUAAUUUGUAUGUGAAAUUAGCUGGAGGGAGCAAUGAAGAUACUGAUAUUGCAAUUUAUGUAUGGCCAACGCUAGGAGUGAUAUUAUUUAUAAUUUGUGUAAUAGUGGGAGUUAUGUAUUAUAGAUACUGAAGACAUAAAAGACGAUUUUAUGGACUGUCUUUAGCUAUAAUCAAUAGAAAAUUCCCAGUCGUUCAUUAUUCUAAAGUUUCAGGCAAACUUUCAGAUAAAAGCUGUGCUAUCUGCAUGGAAGAAUUUCAAGAAAAUUCUCUUGUCAGAAGGCUAAAUUGUGAUCACAUUUUUCAUGAUGACUGCAUCAAGCAUUGGCUCAAGUCGAGCAAAGUAAUUUCUAUUUAGCUUUGUUAUAUAUGUAAACAAGACUGUAGAGCAUCCCCUGAAGAAUCCAUUGAUCUUACAAUGGAAAAAGAAGUGAUGUCUUCUCCAACGACUGUUACAACGGUGAAGGACGAGCUUUCUAUUUCUGGAGUCAUAAAGCUUGAUUCUUAG